GGAGGGGAAAGGGACGCCGGUAAUGGGACGGGUGGCGAGCAUGGCACCGAUUCUCGCAUAUGUGCGCUGCUAGAUUCUCAGUUCAACGUACAGCCGAACCGCGGAUCACAUACUUCACUAAGUUGUCACUGGUAAAUCAUGCGUCGCCGGUUUAUUCCGGUCGUCCACCAGGCACAUGAAAACAAGGGAUUUCCAGAAUAAUUCAGAACUUGUUCAUCUUCGCGGAAUUAAAUACGGGACACUGAGUCAGUGGGCUGAGACGCAUUUGUUGCGCUUUAACUGCAAUAACUGCUGGAUUUGUUUAUUUAAAUAGAGAGAAUACGGACAAGUUUAUCAGAAACACGUAAGGAACAUUUAAGUAAAUAUUUUUAUUUUAUUAAAUUAUGGAGACCAUUUCCGUGCAAUCGCCGCUGUCUAAAUUCGGAGCUGGAGAAGAACAGACUUGUACCGGAGAUGCGCUACCAGUGGACUAUCAGGCGGGGGAGAUCCCUGUGUCGCUCGGCUUGCGGAGGGGGUCCAGCGUGAAAAAGCAUCACCACAAGCACAACCUGAAACACCGCUACGAGCUGUUGGAAACCCUUGGAAGAGGGACAUACGGCAAAGUGAAAAAGGCUAUCGAGAAGCACACCGGUCGAGCGGUGGCAAUUAAAUCCAUCCGAAAGGAGAAGAUUAAAGAUGAACAGGAUAUGGUUCACAUUCGCAGAGAGAUCGAGAUCAUGUCUUCCCUACGCCACCCGCACAUUAUCUCAAUAUACGAAGUGUUCGAGAACAAGGACAAGAUAGUGAUCGUGAUGGAGUACGCCAGCAAAGGGGAGCUGUAUGACUACAUCAGCGAGCGGAGGAAGCUCAGCGAGAGAGAGACAAGGCACUUCUUCAGACAGAUCGUCUCCGCUGUGCACCACUGCCACAAGAAUGGAGUGGUGCACAGGGAUCUAAAACUGGAGAAUGUGCUGCUGGAUGAAAACUAUAAUAUAAAGAUAGCAGAUUUUGGAUUGUCUAACCUCUACCACAAAGACAAGCUUCUCCAGACUUUCUGUGGAAGCCCUCUAUAUGCCUCACCUGAGAUUGUAAAUGGGAGGCCAUACCGAGGCCCGGAGGUUGACAGCUGGGCCCUCGGUGUACUGCUCUACACUCUGGUGUAUGGAACCAUGCCUUUUGAUGGCGCCGACCACAGGAGGCUCAUCCGGCAGAUCAGCAGAGGGGAGUACAGGGAACCGCCGCAGUCUUCAGAUGCCCGCGGCCUGAUCCGCUGGAUGCUGAUGGUGAACCCGGACCGGCGGGCCACGGUGGAGGACAUUGCCAACCACUGGUGGGUGAACUGGGGCUGGAAGACCAGUGUGUGUGACUGCCAGGCGCAACGGGAGAACAGCUCACCCAUGCUGGCCCGCUUCAUCGACUGGCAGAGCCGGACGGAGGGCGCACCGGGUGGGACGCACACCAGUGUCAGUCCCGCUCCAGGCUCUGGGCUUACCAGUGCCCGGCGCCUGCGGAGGUCAUCCAAGGAGAACGACGUCAGCGCAAGGGCCACAGCUGAGGAGAAGCCUGGCCUGAAGCGUCCCAAAGGUAUCCUGAAGACACGGGCAAGCAGCGGCGACCAGCGCUCCCAGAGCCUGUGUGAGGUAGAGCUGCGUCGUUCCAUCUGCUACCGGGACGCAGAGGCCACCUUGGGCCCCGACAGGGAGGAGGCGUUGGGUGGCUCACCGGCCAAAAUGGUGUCCGCCCUGCCAAAGAAGGGCAUCCUAAAGAACAGCCAGCAGCGUGAGUCUGGUUAUUACUCUUCUCCCGAGCGCAGUGAGUCCUCCGAACUGCUGGGGGGCACCAUGGUGGCACCUCCCAACAGCUCACCAACGAAGAGGGCAGCAGGCAGAAAGGGGAUCCUGAAGAGGAAUGGGAAGUACUCGGCCCAUGGCACUCUCCCGGCUGUGUGUGCUCAAGGGGAGGUGCCUGCCCUGGACUCAGGACUUUCACGGAGCCAGAGCCGCCCGUCAAGCAUUGUGAGCGAGGAGGCGGGGCUCUCCAGCAGGGUUGUGGACUGGCCCCACACCACACCACAGCCCAACAUCAGGGCCUGCCUCUCAGCCGAGGACCUGCUGCUUCAGGCCGGCUUCAGAGGCCUCCAGACCACCGGGGCCCUCCACGGCACCAAGGUGGCUGGUAGCCCCCCUGGCUCACCCGGGGACAAUGGCAGCUUCUCCAUGCUGGGCGACCUGGACGACGUGACACAAGUGUACCAGCAGGCACUUAGCAUUAGCAGCCAACUGAGCUAGAGGUGGGUGGAGAUCAUGUGAACCAUGAUAGGGUGUGAUAGAGAGCAUGUGUGUGUAUGUGUGUGAGGGAGUGGGUUUGCAUGCAUGUGCGUGUGACAGGGAAAGGGCACAUGAAAGAGUGAGUGAGAGAUCAAGGCUGUGAUUGCUAUCUCAUGGUUCUCCACCUGGCCUGGAGAUUCUUCCUGAAUCAUAAGCAAACUUCAAGUAAACAUGUGAACAAGACGUGGAAGGGAGAGAGUCUGGAACUGGUUGGGGAUGAUUGACAGGCCAGCUACCCAAUCACUGAUAGUUUACACUGUGGAAAGGGACAUCAGAAGCUUCAGUUCUGUACAUGGCAGUUUGUGAUGAAAGUAAAUAUUCAUGGGCUUCCAUUCAACUCAGCAAUCCAGAUAGAAUUAAAGUUAGCACUUUACUGACACAACAUCCUCCACAACACGACAUAUACUCUAACCUAACUGGUUAUGACUGUCAUAAAAUAUGAAAAAGUAAAUGGGCAGUUUAUUAAAUGUAUUUAUUUUUACAUUUUUUGGAGGGACAUGUGACACUGUGACAAUCUUAUCAGCAUUUGGACAUCAGUCACCGUCUGCACAGGUCAUAUAGAAGACGCAUGUAAAUAUUAUUUGUAAAAAAAAAAAAAAAAAUGCCCGUCGCAAAACAAGAUGAUUCAUCAUUUUGCAUCUCUACUACUUGACUGUAGUACUGCUUUUAUUAAAAAGCACAAGUCAAAUGUGAAUGAGCACAAAUUCAAAUGUGAAGGAUGUUCUUGGCAAGAUCCUGGUUCAAACUCAUAAAUUCCUAAUGACAAAAGAUAUCUGACUAAAAACAGACAAGAGCAAAUAUUCAAAGUAUGCUACCCAAUCUAGGUAAAUAACAGGCAGAUCAUUUAAAAUGCUUUUAUUACGUACCUCAGGACUCACCUAAAUAAUGAGAAACAUUAGUAUGAAUGGUUAUAUAGCCAAAAUAACAUUCAUUAGAUUUGGAAAACAACCCUGACCUUGUCUUUGCCACUUUAAACAAGGACUAUCUAGACUUUCACAAACCAUUGCAAAGCCUGGACUGUCAAACAUCAUGUCACCUUGGCUUUAGUACCAUAACAGAGAGCACAUAUAGAGGUCAUAGGUAGGCAUAGGCCAAGUCAGCAAUGGAGCAAGUGACAAGGAGCCUUCGUGCUCUCCAUCGCUUGAAUGCUAAUCCAAUUCAUCGUGUCCCCUGUAGAGCCAACCCAGCACAGGAACACCCUGCCAUCUAACACCAGCGGCCAAUGAAAAGAACAGAACAGGCUAUUCGUAGUGAAUGUCAGCAUGUCAAGACUGUUCCAAAGGUGACAGGGGUCACGACAACAAAGUGUAGGGGGAUAAAAAUGCAAUGAUUUGUAAAAAGGUUACAUUCAGCUCUGCACACAACGGGGGUUGACAGAACAGUAACCUUGAGUAUGGUGUUCAUGCAGUGUUGAUCAUACAGUGGAGCAACUGCAUCCGCAAGGCUAAAUGUUAUACUAUGUUAGUAUUCUAGUUGUAGUUGUUGUUUUCUGUACAUUUGCCUUUCAGGUGUCAUCACCUAAAUGUUUGUGAGUGUGCUGAUUUAUUAUCACAAGGCGUUGAUGAGUUAGCCAUGCUGAACUGACGGGUCCUUUCAACACGGGGACUGCUCAAAGACAUGCAUGGCAGGGACCUGGCUAAAUAUGAAUAAACAAAUACAUUAAGAAACGUUGUGCUUCUAUAUGUUCUAAACUGGAAAAAAAAUGGUUGUGCAUAUUUAUCAGCUAGGGUAAAAUUCACUUUGCAAUAAUUAACUGGAUAUGCUGUAUGUAUUUAUGUGUAUUUAAAAGUGUUAUUUAAUCGUUCUUGUAUUAUAUUAGUGUUCAUUAUUUCCAUGGCCUUUGGUUUUUCAUUUUUAAUUCGUUGCGUUUGACCCUAGGAAUGUCUUAUUUUGUGCCUUCAUUGACAAAAGAUUGUCCUUAUAAUAAUGAGUCUGUGUUUGUAUAAAUUUCAGUAUUAAAUUUGUAGUUAAUAAGUAGUUUGAUUAGGCAUCUGGGACAAAAGGCUUCUGUAUGCCAUUCACAAUGAAUGGAAGUAAAUGGUAUAUUAAGGAUAUUAAUGUUCAUGUUCUAUCCAAGAUACUAUGGAUGCUUCUAAUAAAAUUGUUUUGGCCAGCUA